AUGAAUCCAGCACCCGCGACCGCCUCUGCGAAUCCGCCCCAACCUCGGCCCAUUCGCUUCGUCACCAACCAUGAGGGCCCCUACGCAAAGCGUCGCAGGAUCAACUCGGCGUGUCUGACCUGCCGGCGCAAGAAGACGCGCUGCUCCGGUGAGCGGCCCGUGUGCGGAACUUGCGCGCAGAACAAACACCAAUGUGCCGGCUACGGCGACGAUACGAGCCCGACCGAAGCGACAAAGGACGGCAAGAAGGCUGCGCGCAGGGAAAGCACGUCCGCCGCUGCUGCUGCCGUCACCCUCAAGCAGGAAGCCGCGCCCCCGCCGCCUUCGCGACCCCAGCUCUCGCAGCAAUCCUCGAGUGCGUCGUACAGUUCCGACUUCUCGCCCACCCGUCGCCUGCGACGCCAGGAUGAAGACAACGGUACUGCAGGAUUGACAUUGAGCACGCGCAAUCGUAUGCCGUACUUCCGCUACUUUGGUCCCACCGCCAUUAUGCCCGGUUUCAAGCAGAUGGUCGUCAAAGUGAGAGGCAAGCAGCACGGCACAGGUCACACUACGUCGGAUCCUGUGGACUCUUCGCCGGGCAUGAUACCGUCGGUCGGCUCACCUCCGCCCACUGAAUCUCGAACACCCACAGAAAUACCCGUAUACGACACAUCUUCCAUGUCCCCCAGCCCACUCAUCACCCACCUAUGCAAAACAUUCUUCACCCACCUCGGAUGCAACUUCCCCUUUCUCCAAAAGGACCGUUUCAUGCGUGACCUCGAGGAAAAGCAAGUAGACGCCAUCCUUGUAGACACUGUCUGCGCGCUCGCCGCUCGCUUCUCCAACAACCCAUUGUUGACAGGAGGCUCGGAGCCAAUCAAAGACGAGAAGGAACCAGCGAAGGUCCAUCCUUCAGAAUAUGGGCAAGCUUUUGCGCAACGCGCGAAGUCUGCCAUACCUGAUACCUUCUCCUGUCCUAAUGUUGCGGUUGUUCAAGCUGCCGUGCUUUUAGCAUACGAUGAGUUCGGUGCAAAUCGCGACAGUGGACUGUGGAUGUAUCUCGGCAUCGCCAUUCGAAUGGCCCAGGACCUAGGCAUGCAAACCCUUCAAGGACUCAAGUACGAAGGACGCGAUGGCCCAACGCCAAAGUCUGUCAGAACCGACCCUGCGGUGACUCGUGGCUCAACACAAUCCAUCUCGGAAGCUCGUCGAAAAGAGAGUACUGUCCCCGAAGAGCAGGAGCAACGCGCGGUCGAACAAGAAAGACUGGAUACUUUCUGGGCUAUCUUCUUUCUUGAUCGGGUUGUGUCCUCUGGAACUGGCCGGCCUGUCACCUUGCGCGACCGAGACAUCGAAAUCUCGUUUCCUUCCCUUAACGAAGUCGAUCCGCCCUCGGGUUGGCCCCUGCCUUUCCCAGCACUGAUCCGCAUCGUGCAUCUCUACGGCAGGGUGACGGAUGUUUUGAACAGUAUCAAAGAUCGGUCAGACAUAACCUCGGAUCUUCGCUCUCAGCUCGACACGAUGGAGUACCAUUUGACGGACAUCUACCAAAAUCUUUCGCCCAGACUUCACUUCAACGCUCUGAACUUCCAGCACUAUGUGAAGCUCAACCAAGGAACCAACUUUCUUCUCCUUCACUGUUGGUUCCACACUUGCAUCGUCCUGUUGCAUCAGCCGACUUUGUUGAAGACUUUUGAGGGCAAUGCGCACCCCCUUUCCUCGAACAGCAGAGAUUUGUCCAUGUCUUCAGCGAAGACUGUGGCUGACAUUCUUUCCUUUACGGAUCUAAUCGAUACCAAGACUGGAGUCGGAAAUCCGUUCACGAGUCAACCCAUCUACAUCGCAGCCUGCGCCUUUCUCAAGGAAACCGCUCUUCACUCGGCCAAUUCGCAUCCAUCCUCUCGUCCUAUGAGCCCCAGCGUGCUGGAGACUAGUGAUUCUUUUAAAUCAAAACCCAUCUCGUUAGACCAUAUGAGCUUCGACAAGCCGCCGGCACCGAAUGAUAGUGCGCAAACCAUCAAACGGGAACAAAGUCAGGCCGCUAAACACACAUUACUCGCUUCCGCGGCUAAUCAGAACUAUCAAUGUUGUUACCGUGCUAUGCAAUCGCUUGAGACGCAUUGGGCAGGCGUCAAAUAUAUCUUGACUGUAUUGGACCAGAAAGCCAAGGGCGUUGGUGACCCCUUGCUUUACACAAGAGAGGAAAUGGAAAGCGCUCUAGAAGUGCCCAGACCAGAACCUUCUUUUACGAGCCCAGGGUGGCGACGAAAGCUGAGUUGGGGCACCUACUUGACAACACAAAACAUAGAUGUGGACGCUGUGAAGGUCUCUGCUGCGAUACGGAAGGGAGCCAGGACCCCUAUACCAGGGUCUCCCAUGAACACCAGUCAAGCAAUCGGUUGGUCACUCACUGGCACGAUGAACUCUCCUUCUACGAACGUGGCCGUAAUGUACACUUCGGAGAAUGGCAAGGCUCGCGAUAGCAAGCCACUCCAACCGAAAAUGGCACCCCGGACAAACGGCCUAGCACCACUUACAUCCACGCUAUCGAGUGAUGCUACCAAGUUCGAGCCGACUCCUUUGAAUCCCUCUACUCCAUUUGUUUCAUUCGACUCGAGCACAAUGCCGCCGCCGCCGCUAGCCCCCAGCAUCAACACUGUAUCUGUCUCAGAUCCGGUCCUUGUCUCAGAUGCCGAUCUACUGCUCAACUUGCAUUCCCCAUAUUCAGCCUCUUCACCAAAUAGCUCUCGUCUUCCCUUGCAACCUACAUCCUUCGCUCGAAACUCCAUGUCCGUACCGACGAACAACACUCUGUCACCUCAGCAACAGCAAUCCUCCCAGUCGGCGUUCUCAUCAAGUUUUGCCACGUUUCCCACGCCAACGGAUCAGACGUUUGGCGAUAUGGUCAUUGACUCGCAAGAAGUGGACAUGUCAGUCCUCGGCGCUGACAUGAUGCCAUGGGAUCUGGAAUAUCUCCCACAUGACAUGUUAUAUUUCGGCGACAGCGCCUUUGGCUUGGGUCUUCCUGAUGACACGGGGACUGGGGUGCCUGAAUGA